AUGAUGAGAGAUGCAGUAAGCUUGGAUGUAUGGCGUCUUAUCUUUGAGCAGUGCACCACUCAGGAUCUGUUCCACCUCUGCUUGGUCGACAAGAUCUUUAACUCGAUCGCGACACCGGUUUUGUACCGAUCUAUCUCCCUGGUGGCUUAUGAGAAUCUCUCUGGCUCCCGUAGGUUGUCCAAGUCCACAGAAACGAAAACGGAACCAGAGUUGCCUACAGGCCCAUGGCUUCUAUUAUCUCGACUGGAAGCCGACGAAAAUGACACCUUACGAGCUUGGGUACAGGAAAUCAAUAUUUCGAGUCCUUCUGCCUGGGCAGACGAGGACUUCCUAGAACGACUCCAGAGCAAUGAUUGCUUGGCCACACUGAUUGCCCGUCUGCCAAACCUUCGACGGAUCACCAUCGGCUUUCCCAGUAUUCAAUCGACAACAUUGAUUCGCACCAUUUAUGAGCAUAACCGGAAGCCAGAACUCCUCCUACUCAACCAGUAUAACGAGGAGAUUAACUCUAGCUUAGCGGAGCAGACUCUACCCCGUGUCACGACUCUCUCUGCAUCACUUACAGGCGAAGAGACAUUCCCUCCACUCGAGCAUCUUUCCCUCGACGGAUACCCGAUGGACGAUCAGCAAUGGAGGUUUUGGCGUGAUGGGCUUCAGUGGGACAAGCUGGUGUCACUAGCCGUAGGACCGCAGAGGUGCGCUGGCUUGUUUCGAUGUCUAGUUGGCUUUACCAGAUCACUAAAGAUUCUUGAAGUGUCUGUCUGGGAAGGGGAAGGCGAUCGUGAGCGAGAGGAACUCAUCGAACUCCUCUCAUCAUUUGAUUCUCUGGAAGCCCUAGUUUUAAAAGGGUACAAGUGUCCGAUUGAGGCGAUUUUUCAUCACAGUAACCUAUCUACUCUUUGUCUGCAUGAAGAAGAAUCUUCCUCCAAGGCGCGUCCGCGACAAGUCCUAACAGCGGAGGAGCUCAGUCAGCUCGAUGCUAACUGUCCCAAACUGAAGUCACUUCAAGUCGGAGUCAAGAGAGAGAACGAUCAAUGGCCCGAUGACGUCUUCGACAAACUAGCAACCGGUUUCCACAACCUCAGGAGCCUAUCUGUGCACUUUGAACUGGGCCUCCCCGACAUACAUAACCCCAUCAAGCCUUUUAUAAAUUAUGUCUCUGUGAGGAGCAUCGGCCAGAAUUACUUUGACCGUAGAAAGCAGGCGGGCAUUGAAGUAUUCGAAUCGUUCACCUUGACCGUCUGGACAGGUAAAUACUUCCGUCGUUUCCCACAAUGGCCACCAAUGUACGCCGGUUUUGAGAAGAAAUUCUCAGCGACUUACCAGAUAUCCUUACCGAGUGAUUCUUUCGGUGAGGUCCAAGUCCGUCAUUUGGAGAAAGAGCGAUUGGACCUGAUUCAGUCCAAGAAGAUCAAAGUCCAUUCCUAUGAGAGGUUGCAACUUGCUAACCAGGUUGCUGCAGCCGUGGAAGGCCCAAAGGUCGAGGAUUGCUCGGAGUGA